CUCUCUAGGGUCUAGGAUCCCGCCAUCAACGAAGAGCACGAAUUAGGGUUUUGUGAAAGGUAGAAGAGGCGUUCUCGAUCUCGAUCUCUCUUAGCAACGACUGCGAUGAGUGUAAGGACGGUGAAGGUCAGCAAUGUCUCGCUCAGUGCGACUGAGCAAGAUAUGAAAGAGUUCUUUUCCUUUUCCGGGGACAUUGAACAUAUAGAGAUGCAAAGUGGGGAUGAGUGGUCCCAAGUUGCAUAUGUGACUUUUAAAGAUACGCAGGGGGCAGAGACUGCGGUUCUACUUUCGGGUGCGACGAUAGUUGAUCUCUCUGUCAUCAUCGCGCUCGCCCCGGAAUACGAGCCGCCACCAACCGUCUCAGCUCCGUCCUAUCCGAAAGAUGUUAAACCCUCGACUAGCAGCACCGGUUCGGCUGUUCAGAAGGCGGAAGAUGUGGUCACCACCAUGCUUGCCAAGGGCUUUGUCCUAGGCAAAGACGCCGUUGGCAAAGCCAAAUCCUUUGACGAGAAGCACAGUAUCACGUCCACGGCCACCGCCAAGGUUGCCUCGUUCGAUAAGAAGAUCGGGUUUACUGAGAAGAUCAGCAUGGGCACAUCGGCCGUGAACGAGAAGGUGAAGGAGAUGGACCAGAAAUUCCAGGUGUCCGAGAAGACUAAAUCGGCCUUCGCCACGGCCGAGAAGACGGUGAGCAGCGCGGGGUCUGCAAUCAUGAAGAACAGGUACGUCUUCACGGGCGCGUCGUGGGUGACCGGCGCCUUCAACAAGGUCGCGAAGGCCGCGGGCGACGUGGGGUCGAAGACGAAAGAGAAGGUCGCGGCCGAGGAGGGGCAGAAGAACGCAGGUUUGCGGGGGUGAGCUCUGCCCCUAUCCCCAUUAUUGAUUCUCUUAUUACUGCUUUCCUCUGUAAAGAAUAUAUACUUCAUGGCUAUUCCUGGUUGCUGUGUAGAAUAAGGUUAUUCCAUACCUGGGAUGAUUAGGUAUACACUGCAGUGUCGCUAGUUUAUAUUUUAGUUUGUUAAGGCUCUCUUUGGACAUAUUAAUAUCUUGUUCCGCAUAUCUCUUUGAUUCAUUAAAAAAGUAUCUAGCAUUUUGUAGAUGAGUAGUAGUGUAAUUAAAUCAGUCGAGAAUAAGAUACCGAAUAAGUUAUUUCACAUAACUUAUUUCGACAUCCAAACAAGAGCCUAAGAGGGAUCGUCCAAAGGGCUUUAUUUUUUUUCAGUAAAGAAGAUGUAUGGACCUUUUCUAAUC